GUAGAAACAAAAUGGCGGACCUAGUGGCUCACUCCAAGGGGUGUCUUACAUCAGCCCAGCGAGCCCUGGUGAAGGCGACUGAGAGCCAGCGAGCGAGCGAGAGAGAGAGAGAGAAGGGCUCGGAUUGUAGCGUCCAGCCGUCUUGACUCUCACUGGAAUAAUCUAAAACCAUCUCUGAACAAAUGGUCUGAAAGGAUAAGACGUCUCAGAAAUUGGAAGUCUCUGUGUUUGGGAUGAAGCGCCUGUGGGACGUUCACUUCCUCCUGCUCAUCCUCCUCUACCUGUUAGGAGCCGUCACAUCACAGGUCAACCCAGGUGUGUGUCGGUAUCCUCUGGGCAUGUCAGGAGGGCAGAUACAGGACGAGGACAUCUCUGCCUCCAGCCAGUGGUCCGAAUCCACCGCUGCUAGAUAUGGCAGGCUGGACUUUGAGGAGGGCGAUGGCGCAUGGUGUCCAGAGAUAACAGUGGAGCCAGACAGCCUGAAGGAGUUUCUCCAGAUUGACCUGCGCUCGCUCCACUUCAUCACCCUUGUAGGCACCCAGGGUCGCCACGCGGGAGGCAUCGGUAAUGAGUUCGCCCAGAUGUACAAGAUUAAGUACAGCCGCGAUGGAAGCCGCUGGAUCUCGUGGAGAAACAGGCAGGGCAAGCAGGUGAUUGAAGGAAACAGGAACGCCUAUGACAUUGUGCUGAAGGACCUCGAGCCGCCCAUCAUCGCUCGCUUCGUCCGCUUCAUGCCCGUCACAGACCACUCCAUGAACGUCUGCAUGAGAGUGGAGCUCUACGGCUGUGAAUGGCUCGAUGGUCUUGUGUCGUACAACGCUCCAGCAGGAGAACAGAUGAACUUCCCUUCUUACCCUGCGUAUCUCAACGACUCUGUCUACGACGGAGCUGUCAUCCACAGUAUGACGGAGGGUUUGGGCCAGCUGACGGAUGGCGUGUGUGGCCUGGAUGAUUUUACACACAGUCACGUCUAUAAUGUGUGGCCUGGGUACGACUAUGUGGGCUGGACUAACGAGAGCUUCCCCAGUGGAUACGUUGAAAUCAUGUUUGAGUUUGACCGCAUACGUAACUUCACCACCAUGAAGGUCCACUGCAACAACAUGUACUCACGGCGUGUCAAGGCCUUCCGCCAGGUGGUGUGUUACUUCCGCUCUGAGGCAGACUGGGAGGCCACGCCGCUCACCUUCAGCCCCGUGGAGGACGAGAAGAAUCCCAGCGCCCGUUUUGUCACUGUCAACCUGGCCAAUCACAUGGCCAGUGCCAUCAAGUGCCAGUUCUACUUUGCUGAUGCCUGGAUGUUGUUCAGCGAGAUCACCUUCCAGUCAGAUACAGCCAUGUACAACACAACACUGGCUCCACCCAAGACAGGAAUACCACCCAACAUACAACCAGAGGACGACCCCACCCACAAAGUCGAUGACAGCAACACCCGCAUUCUGAUUGGCUGUUUGGUGGCCAUCAUCUUCAUCCUGGUGGUCAUCAUCGUCAUCAUCUUGUGGAGGCAGGUGUGGCAGAAGAUGUUGGAGAAGGCCUCUCGCCGGAUGCUGGACGAUGAACUAACUGCUAGUUUGUCAAUACAGAGCGAGACGUUCGCCUACAACCACAACCAGUCGAGCACAGCCAGCGAGCAGGAGUCUAAUUCCACCUACGAGCGCAUCUUUCCCCUCGGCCCAGACUAUCAGGAGCCGUCGCGCAUCAUAUGCAAGCUGCCGGAGUUCGCUCAGAGCUCAGAGGAGCCUGCUUCUACGAGCACCGCAGCCUCCAAAUCCACCACCACUACCGCAGUCCAGGAUGGCGCUCCUCACUACGCAGAGGCAGACAUUGUAAACCUGCAAGGCGUGACCGGAGGCAACACGUACGCCAUCCCUGCACUGACCAUGGACCUGCUGUCGGGGAAGGAUGUGGCAGUGGAGGAGUUCCCACGAAAGCUGCUCACGUUCAAAGAGAAGCUGGGAGAGGGACAGUUUGGAGAGGUGCACCUGUGUGAAGCAGAGGGAAUGCAGGAGUUCAUGAAUAAAGAGUUUCUAUUCGACAUCUCCGAGGACCAGCCAGUUUUAGUGGCUGUGAAGAUGCUUCGUUCAGACGCCAACAAAAAUGCAAGGAAUGACUUCCUGAAAGAGAUAAAGAUCAUGUCACGUUUGAAGGACCCCAACAUCAUUCGCCUGCUGGCUGUGUGCAUCUACAGUGACCCGCUCUGUAUGAUCACAGAGUACAUGGAGAACGGAGAUCUCAACCAGUUUCUGUCCCGCCACGAGCCUGAGGGACAACUCGCUCUGCUCAGCAACGCACCUACUGUCAGCUUCAAUAAUCUGAUCUACAUGGCGGCUCAGAUAGCGUCGGGGAUGAAGUACCUCUCCUCUCUAAACUUUGUUCAUCGAGACUUGGCCACGCGGAAUUGCCUGGUGGGCAAAAACUACACGAUAAAGAUAGCUGACUUUGGCAUGAGCAGAAACCUGUACAGUGGUGACUACUACCGCAUCCAGGGCCGGGCGGUCCUGCCGAUACGCUGGAUGUCAUGGGAGAGCAUCCUGCUGGGUAAGUUCACCACAGCUAGUGAUGUGUGGGCGUUUGGGGUGACCCUGUGGGAGAUACUAAACUUCUGCAAGGAGCAGCCCUACUCUCAGCUCACUGAUGAGCAGGUGAUAGAAAACACGGGGGAGUUUUUCAGGGACCAGAAAAGACAGAUCUACCUGCCUCAGCCUGUGCUGUGUCCAGACUCGCUCUACAAGAUCAUGCUGGGCUGCUGGAGGAGGAACACAAAGGAACGGCCCUCCUUCCAGGAAAUACACCGAGCCCUCGCGGAAAUGCAGCCUUAAGCCGGGGCCGAUGUUUAGGACAGUGAUUCCUAGACUGCUCAUCUGUGGAGGAAACGGUGCAAAGCAAGAGGAGACCAUGAUUCAGACACAAUCCAGGUUUAAGCUAUCUUGUUUCAGUCGAGAAACGAGGCGAGAGCCGUCUGUGGGCUCCAAGCUGCGAUUUGGGAAACGCUGUUUGAUGGACUUCCUCUCUACACAGAUGGACAACCAGAGACUUUUAGUGUGUCAGUUUAAUUGGCACAAUCAUGUUGGCUAAGAUGUUUAUAGACAUACAGGUAUUGUUAGAAAAAUGUAUUAUGUUUUAUAAUUCACCAACCCUGACACACACACCGAAAUGUGAUUAAGGUUUGGUUGUGACGUGUUGGUGAAGCCAAAGUUAAAUGUAGCAAGUGACAUUCGGCACUUUUGAAAAUGUAUUUUAAUUUCCUUUUUAAUAUGAGUUCAGAUCUCCCAUGUUACGGUGUUUGAUAGCAACAUUGUCGAAGAGCUUUCUCGUGUUUUCUUUUGGAAGACUGCUUGAAUGUAGAGGAGGAAGUGCAGCCAACCAUCACUGUUACUUCAUAUUCCAAGUAUUUCAUCUCAGUUUCUCAGACAGACUCCACACCUUUAGAAAUAACAAGGAAAUAUCCAGCCACUCCGUCAUCUCAUCUCCCUGCAGUUUUCCUUCUGUGAUUUGAACAUGAAGUGUAUAUGACUGUGUAUUUUCAACAGAUACGUCUAAAUCUCAAAUAGCAAUAUUUUGUAUUAAUAUUUAUAUGUUCAUAUGUGUUUGUUUUGUUGAUAUAUUUGUGGGUUAAUAUUCUCUUUAAGUUGUUUGUAUCAUGUUUGAUGUGAUUCAGUAACUUUCCAGCUCACGUUUCGAUCUAAACACCAAACAAACUGCUACACAGGAUUUUCUCUUUUGUUCGUCUCCCACUGCAAACUGUUUUUGCUUUGAUCACAAACUUUAAUGAUGGAUCAGAUGUUGCAGGAUGCUUAUUGAGAGUGCAGGUUUUUCUGUGUGGGUUCAACAGUAUGUUUACAGUCGGCAUCAUGGAGGAGAAGAUGUUGCUGAAUGUGUCAAACAAGUUAAUGCAUCAGAUGCUUAUAGUUUGUCUCAGCGGACAAAGAAAGUGUGUCGCCUUUAAAAUGAGAAAUGCAGAGGAAACGGGAAUAUUCAGUGUUAAUGAUGUGUUUGAUUGGAACAGUGUGACUGCUUCAGAUUAGUUUACAUUAGGGACUGUUGGUUAUUUAUCAGAGGAGGAGGGUGGCUGGGAUGUGACUGCAUUUUCUUUUAAUCUCUGGAGCUACAAACGUUUUUCCUUGAGUCUUCCUGAGUGACGGGGGAAAAUGCACGAGCCUCCCUCCACCAUAUUAUUUAAUAUUCACACGCCAACGCAACCUGCAGACAACACAGAGGGGGUCAGAGUUAUCAUCAAAACAGCUACACAAACACAAACAUCACAACACGCACACAGCCAGCAUUAGCAACAUGUGAGUAUAAAGACAAACCGUAACCACGUGCACGUAACAUCUUAAAUGCUGUAUCGAAGGCAGCUGGACGUGCUUGAGUUUCACCUCUCAUCCAAGAGGCUUCUUCAGUUUAGGGCUGCCACUAACGAUUAUUUUCAUUGUCGACUAAUCUGUCGAUUAUUUCUUCCAUUAGUCGACUAAUCAUUUCAUCGAAAAAUGUGUUAAAAUGUUGAAAAAUGUCGGUCUGUCUCGCCCAAACCCCAAAAUGAUUUCAUCUAAAGUCUUGUUUCGUACUCACGCCAAAGAGUUUUAGUUCACUGUCAUGGGAGAGUGUGUAAAGCUGCCAAUAUUUGAACAUAAGAAGCUGCAGUAAGAGUAUUUUGGGUACUUUUAUAGUACUUUUCUAUGAAAAAUGACUCAAACCGAUUAGUCGACUACUAAAAUAGUCACCGAUUAUUUUAAUAGUCGAUUAGUCAUCAAUUAGUCGACUGAUCGUGGCAGCCCUACUUCAGUUCUGAGUGCGCUUCGACUGGAACGGGAAUUCGAAAAAGCAUCGAGGAAGCUGUCUGAUUACAGGAGCAGAACUGAUGAAGGUUCUUGGAUGAGAGGUGAAACUCAAGCACGUCCGGUUGCCUGCGGUACAGCACUGCAGUGACCUGGAUGACUGUGGCCGCAGCAGCUGGGAUAAUAUCACUAACGUGACUCAGAGGCCGUUAUUAGAUCUUUAUAAAAUAGACUUGGUUUAACACCGCUGUCAUAAAUGCAGGGGUGCAGAAUUGAAUGGGAUUUUAUUUGUUUUGUUUUUUACAGGAUCCAUUUUGUACAAAUGGUUUAUUUUUGGUGACAUUUUAAAUGAGACCUGCAGAAUAUGACGCAGUGAUUUGAUGAAACGUCAUUAUUUUAAGCGUAAAUUUGCUCCGUCAUCCUGACGGAAGCGUUUGUCAGGUGUUCAUCACACAUAAUAUGUACAGUGACAGUCAGAGAUUUUUAAAAUGCAGCGAUAAUUCCUGUUUUUACAGGUGCUGGCUGCGACACAUGAUGUAAUUUUGGCAUUUUUUAAAAAAAACCCUGCUGUCAGGUUUUAGGGUUCAGGUCGUAUUUAAAACAAGUACAAAAUGCAGGUAUUAAAGUUGUGUGUUCCUCUCCUCAGCGGUCACCCAUGCAUAAAAAAUGAUUUGAUAUGCCUCCCUCUUUUUGCGCCAUCAUAAAUAACAAACAGUCCCUUAUCUCGUGAAACACAGCUCAUGAUUCAUCUGCAGGUUUUCGACUGUCAGUUUCUUGUUUCUAAACUGACGUAUGCUGGAUUCUUUCCUCUUCCUCUCUGCCAUAUUUCUGUGUAUAACUAACAGCUUGAACUUCCUGCAAACCACUGUUUCACCACUUCAGCUGUACUUACAGGCUCAACUCUCUUAUCAGAGGCUUUUGUCCCACUUAGCUUCAUAAAAGACACUCGGUCGUGCUCCUUUCAACGUCUGUGUGGAAACCAUCUUUAUCUUUCUGUUUUGCAAUCUAGGAAAGACAAAAAUCUGUACAUGUAAAUUAAAUAUGACACUCACAUGAUGACGCUCAUCGGAUAAAAGAAGCCUUUUUUACAUUCCUCUGUGUUAUAAAAGAAGUGGGGGCGGAUGUAUAGCUGUAAAAAUGUAACGGCACCCUGACAGGAUUCAUGAUUGGUUUUAUUACAUAUUUGUACUCAAAUGUUUUUCAGUGAGAAUGUUUUUAUAUAAACAAGUGUUGUACAUUGAUAGACGAAAUACAAAUAAAAUUCAAAC